AUGGCUACAUUAUUUGGUAGUCUCCCGUCAGCUGCAAUGCGUAACCAAGGCCGUAAUACAGCACUCGUGAGCUCGAUUGAAAAUGGAAGUGAUUGUGCAUUACAAUGGGUAUAUGAUGAUGAGACUAGCAACUGUAUGCAUUGCAACACGCCCUUUACCAUGAUUACACGUAAACAUCACUGUCGACGCUGUGGCAAUGUUGUGUGUCACAAUUGCUCACCGCAUAAGCGCCGCAUAUCAUCUACGGACCCGUUUCCAAUGCGGGUUUGCAAUACAUGUUAUACUGCAGUAGACGAGCACUUUGCAUCACUUGAAUGGUCAGGGCACUCGUCAGCAGAGAUUCAGAACAAACCCCCCAAUCCGGUUGUGGAAGGACGGGUGCAUAUAGGACAAUUGUAUGUAAAGGUAGUCGAGGCAAUUGGACUGCCAUCGACAGACUCGAUUACGAGUGAUCCAUUCGUACGCGUGAUGCUGACGGGGAAGUGGUCGCAUGGACAAGAGUGGGGAAACGACUUGAAAAUCACUAAAUGCACCAAGAAAAAAUCGCGCACUCUUAACCCACGCUGGCAUGAAACUUUCGUGUACAAUGUGUAUGCACCUGGAGCUGAGCUGGUGUUCGAGGUGUACAACCAUGGCCAACUGAGUCAACCAACAAAGCUGGGCGAAGCUAUCAUCCCACUAUCGCAGAUUAUGGACCAGCGACGACAUAACAAGUGGCUGGAUCUGUUGCUGCCGGAAAAGCUUCACCGCGCAGGACUCAAUAAUGACGCACGUGCAGGGCGCAUUCACGUUCUGCUUCACUACAAAUUUUCACGUAUGGCAGAAUUCUGCAGCUACUUUUCGUCUGAACAAGACUAUGUAUACGAAUGGCCGGAGUUCCAAGCAGCACAAUUGUACAGCAAUUUCUGGGUACUGUUGGAUAACCUCUGGCCGUAUUUAGAAGUGACAUGGCAAAUAUUGCCAACACUCAACUGGGAGCAUCCGACGCACUCGUUCAUGUGCUUUGCACUUUGUGUAUGGCUGUGCCUUUCACUGCAAUGGCUGCCGGUUGUAUUUCAUCUUGCUCUCAUCGCGUUCGUACUCCGCAACUACUUCGAGUUGAACUUCCACUCGUUCGCAACUGUUGGUGAGAACAAGGAAAACAAGGAUCAAUCUGGUGCCGCAAACGUAAAUCUGGAAAACAUGAGCAACGCCUCGUUUCGCCAAUACAAUCUUCCAUCGGGCUUCAACCAUCUUAUGAACAAGAUGACUCAUGUUACGGUUAAUCAAGAGACCAAGCGAACGUUGCAGUCAGUGCAGAACAACAUGGCUUGGUGGUCGAGUAUCAUUAAUCACCUUGAGCUUAUGUUCUCUUGGGAAGACACGUUUUAUACCGCUCGCAUACUACUCUAUCUCAUCAUGAGUUGUGUGCUGCACAUUGUGAUUCCUAACAAGUAUCUGCUCCUAGCGCUCGUGGUGUAUCUUUUUGUCCAAUGGACAGUGCCAUUCAUGUGGCUCAAGCACUUCAUCUCUGCUAUUCAUCAGUCCAUUCGCUCCGUGGUGCAUCAACACCGUCUUCAAAGCUCAAUGGCACAGGCUGAUUUGAACGCAAGACCGUCUCGUGUCAUGUUAAGUACUGGUCAUCAUCAUCUACCAGAUCAGCCACGAACAAUGCGUCGCACUGUUUCAAAUGCAAGUGCGCGUGCACAUGCGCGUGUAUCAAAAAAAGAAGAAGCUUUUGGUGCAGCAGCUUCAGCAAUUUCAAAGCGAUUUGUUGUCUCGCACGAGCCAAGUGUUUAUAAGAAAAAGUAA